UCAGUUUGUUGUCGUUACGAAGUUUGACAUUUUAAUAUAAAUUUUAACGAAAAAUAUGGCUCUUAAUUUUUUACUGAGUUCAAACUAAGAGACCAAGAAUCUACUAAUGGAAAACUACGUCCUUUACGAUGAGAUUGGCCGAGGCGAUUAUUCAGUUGUUUACAAAGGAAGGAAGAAAGGCACUGUAGAGUUUGUAGCCAUUCACUGUGUAGACAAAUCCAAACGGUUAGAGCUGAGAAAUGCCGUACGUAUUACUCAUGACUUAGAGCAUCCUAAAAUCGUAAAGUUCCACGAAUGGUAUGAAACUACUAACCACAUAUGGAUGGUUGUGGAGCUUUGCACUGGAUAUAGUUUAGACGCGAUAAUAUCACAAGACACAAACUUGCCCGAAGAAACGGUAAAACAGUUUGGAAGAGAAAUGCUCGAGGGCUUAUUUUAUCUUCAUUCUCUUGGAGUCUUAUACUGUGAUUUGAAACCGUCUAAGAUAUUGUUGGACGGACCUGGGCAUAUAAAGUUAAGUGAUUUUGCACUGUCAUGUGUUGAAGGUGAAGAUGAUAUUUUUGAUCUGGAAGAUGAUGAUACCCAGAUAAGCAGUGAUAAAAGACUUCCUAAACCGUCUCCUUACUACAUGGCUCCUGAAGUCCUCAUGGGGUCCCCACCAAGCAAAGCUAGUGAUUUAUGGUCGUUUGGGUGUCUAUUAUUUGAGCUGUUCACUGGCAAACAGCCUUUUGCUGCAGACACAUUAGAAGAGCUUGCAGAGAAAAUUCUUGGAGAUUGUUGUCCAGACAUAAAUCAAGUCAUUGAUGGGGAAAUAAUUAGUGGUUCUAGUAAUCUUACAAGUCUUAUUAAUAGGCUUCUCAUUAAGGAUCCUCCCCAGAGACUUAAUUGGUCUGACCUGAUUAAGCAUCCAUUUUGGGACAACUCGUUAGAUUACCUUUUAUGUGCUGAAACAGAAGACAACAGAAAGGGGCUGGUGUCAGAGCAAUAUAAUGAAAAUGCUCAGGACAUUAUUACUGAAGCUGCAUUUGAAGAUGUUAUUGAAGAAAAUAGGCCAACUAGUAAAGAAAAUGGUUUAUUUGAGACUGAAUCAGAUACAAGAGGGGUCAAUCAAGGGACUUACACCUUUAAAAGCAAGCCUCAUGAAGUCAACAGAUCAAAACUAGUUAGUUCGGAUGAAAAGAAUGUAAGAAAACCAGGACAAUUCCAUCUUAGCGAGAACUCCGAAGAGCUUAGAAAUGGGAAGCAAUCUAUCCCAAAUAUUCAAACAAAUAAUCAAUCCAAAGCUAUGGUUCUUAAAAACAAUGCUUCUAUUUCCAUUGAGAGACAACACACUGUAGUUUUGAACAAGAAGAUUAAAAAUAGUGGCCAAAAGGAAAGCACAGUUGCAAGUAACAAUGACAAGGACGGGAUAGGAACAUCAACUGCAAUUGCUAAUGAUGAAGAUAAUGCUCCUGCUCCACAGAUUUCGGAUCUUAUUUUUCAUUCCUCCGAUUUUGUCGUUACUCCUAUUAUAGAUAAUAUUAAAAUCAAGAAGAUGUCAAUGCCAAGGUUUGAUCCAAAGGCCUUGUGCUGUCAGGCCCUCAAGCCAGAAGAAGUCCUUCAUCUAUCUGAUGAAGAUGUCUCAGAACACUUGAAGUCAAUAGACAACUUAUUCUCACCAAAUCAAAAAACUAGUGGCAAUGCUGCAUUUGUUCAGCGCAGUAAGCUCCAUACUGCRGCAUAUCUUGCAAUGUUAUGUCGCCAUGGGGAUAUUGCUAAUAUAAUUUUUGAGUCUAAUUUGGUAUCUUCCAUGUUAUAUCAAGUCAAGAAUGGAUUUUCUGUUGAUCUCAAAGCAAGAAUUGGCUAUUGUCUCGGCUUGCUUGCUGGUUGUGCUACCUUGAUCUCAGAGGAUUUCAACAUGACAGAGGUAUUCACAGUCUUGACAGAAGUCAUCAGAGAUAAUUUCCGUAACACCCAGCUCAAGCAGCAUCUGGUCCCUGCGCUGGGGGAGUUUCUGUUUUAUGCGUCGACACAAGAAGAGACUGAAAACAGACAAAUUGCAAAAUGGGAUGUUCCAGCCAUUACUUUUGUUAUCAUAACAAGAUGCUUGCAUGACGGAGAAGACAUCUACGUGCAGCACUUCGCAGCAAAGACUAUAGAUAAUGUUGCAUCUACCCAUGGAAGGCACUGUGCAAGGUUCGCAUCCAAUGAUACUUCACAGCUAUUAUGGAAGCUGUUCACUCACUGCACCGUCGAUAACCAGAAAGUAACUGCUAUUUCUGCCCUGUGUCGCCUUUCUUGUCAUUCAGUUGGUGUCUUUCAGUACGUAGUGGAAAAAGCAGGCUCGAAAGCCGUACAAGAUGCCUUAUCUAGUGGAAUACCACAAGUACAACAAGCUCUUGUGACUAUGUUUGCAAGCUUGAUUUCAUCGAAACCUCAGUCCAAGCGACUUAUCCAAGAGAAAGAUAUCAUCAGUAAAGUGAUGCGUAUUUUUGACAGCCAUUCUGCUGUUAUACGAGGCAAGGCAUUCCUGCUAAUUGUAUCACUAGUACAGUGCAAUCAAGAAGCUUUAUUAAUGUGCUGCCAAGCUCGACUUGUCAUGCACAUCGAAAAAGAUCAAAAACGGGGAACUCCGAUGAAAGGUGAAGUGCCUGAGACACUUCAGUAUCUCAUGCAUUGUCUUCAAAAAUGUGUAGAAUGUUUAGUGGAAGGGGCGCUAAACAUCCUGGAAAACGUCCUGUCCUCGCUACAUUCCGUGGAGGGCCGGCGACACCCGUCAGCAGCUCACACAAAACAGCUGCGCUUACAUCUACCAAACCUACCCGUCAUCUUACAUCUGAUAACAAGCCAUGCAUUCAGGUCUCUUAUUGUCACCGAUGGCUUUUUAGUUGACAUUGGACUUCUUCUUACUCAUGUUAUGUCCAUCGACUGUGGUAACACAAGCCUUGGGACAGCUGCUGGUCCAAGUGCAGAGGAAGACCUCACAUAUGUGGUUCUUUCUAUAGUAGAAUGCAUUACGCAACAUCCACCUCUUCUCCUGGAGUUUGCCAGUUCCGUAUCGGUGAAUAUUUUACCAAUAUUGGUGGCGUUGGUGAGCAGUGCCAACGGUAACACAAGAGCGCUGUCUUUUAGGCUGUUUGCUGAAGUAGCCUCGCUGUAUUUGGAUAAUCAGAAUGUGUACAACUCUGCCAGCAAUGCAGAGAGUGUUGUUGCCAGUACAAACAAACUCAAUGAGGUCAUAAGGAAUAAUCUCCUACCUCAGUACCACACUAUUCUACAAGACCAAAACCCUUUACCCGCCUAUGGCCUCAAGCUGCUGUCCUCACUACAAGACCAUUGUCCAGACAUUCUCCAGGACUUCCUGGACCAGGACCUCGUGCUGUCCCUACUCCACAUCACCAACUCCCAGACUAAUGCUGGUAACAUCACCAUGACUACAGCUAUUGUCAAUCUGUUGAGUCACGUGUUGAUGACCAAAGACGUUGACAUGGCGAUUCUCUAUCAUCAAGGAUUGGUUGAUUGUGUCAAGACUCUGUUCAUUGAGGUGACCACAACUUUGGACACGGACGAGAAUUUUGAUAGUGAAGAUGUAUCGGCAAUGCUCAUGCCUUUGCUGGAUAUACUUAGUAUCAUUCUGAAAUAUGUUUCCAAAGAGGUGCGGCAUGCCCUUCUUGAAAAGACUAAAGGAGAAGCGACACAAGCAGCUGAAGCACUGCUUAUAGACACUAAACCUCUCGCAGACGUGACGGGGAUGUUAAUCAGUUUACUAGGGAACCAAGAUGAUAAGUUACAAGAAAAAGCGCUUAAGAAUCUUUACCUUAUGGCUGAAUUAUUUGGCGGGCUUUACGCAGACGCCAUGAGUGAAGUUAAUGUUCAACAUUUUGCCACGGCUUUGCAAAUAGCUGAUGAAAAUCAAAAAAAGCAGCUGUUGAGAAUCAUCAAGAGGAUGGUCUCAUCUAAUGCCAUUCACUCCAGGUCCAUACUCGCUCAUGGACAGCCACUGAUUGAUGUGUUUAGUAAACUAGAGGCAGCCCCCAAGGCUGCGGCCCUGCAGACUCUUGCUAAGGAAAUCCUACAGAAGAUUGGUGUUACAAGCUAGGGGCAAACCCCAAGGAUGUGGCCCUGCAGACUCUUGCUAAGGAAAUCCUACAAAAGAUUGGUGUUACAAGCUAGGGCAAGCCCCAAGGAUGUGGCCCUGCAGACUUUUGCUAAGGAAAUCCUA